UUUCCAUCAUACUCUUAGUAUACUGUUCCUUCUUACAGCAUUGUUAGAUGUAUAUCGUCGCUACUGUAAUCUGACUCAUAUGCACUCUCACCCUGAUUGGCGGCUAGGCUGCUAAAGCGAUGGCCUGAGUGCGUGCAAUCUGUCAAAUCUUCUAUCAAUUUGAAGUGUAACUCUCAACAGAGAGUUUUCUAUAUCCAUUAAUUUUUUUUAUCUCCCUUAUCGUCAAUAUAGCUACCACUGAGGAUGGAUGAGAAGGUGAACGAUGCGCCAGCAGGCAGAAACACAGAACAGUCCACUGGGACGGACGAGAAUAAACAACCAAGCAUAUUCGACGAGAAGCGAAACGGCAUUGAAAGCGCGUGUCGUCAACGCGACAUCAGAGCUUUAACGGCCUACGCUACAUCGCCUGGUGGUCUAUUAGAUGACACGUUUCGCAAAGUCGCAUGGCCCAUUCUAUUGGGUGAUAAUCACCAAGCAGAGGAUCUUGCAGCACAACCACUAAAUUGGGUUGAUCUCCCGAAGCACGGAGACGAAGAUCAGGUCAAGCUGGAUGUUGACCGGUCUUUUGUAUAUUAUCCACAUUGCGACUCAGAAGAACUUGUGAAAAGAAAGCGAGAAUUGUCGGAUCUCAUCACGGCGACUCUACGGCGGUAUCCCAUGCUCUGCUAUUUUCAAGGAUAUCAUGACAUUGCUCAGGUGUUGCUAUUAGUUCUUGGCCCUCAGCGUGCUGGUGAUGCAUUUGCCCGGGUCUCUCUUCUUCGAAUAAGAGACUACAUGCUCUCCUCUCUUACCCCAGCUUUCAAACACCUUAACCUUAUUCCCGCUAUUUUGGAAAGUGCCGACACAAAAGUUCGGAGACACUUGUCUGGGACGCAGCCUUUCUUCGCCUUGGCAGCUGCGCUAACGUUGUACGCUCAUGAUAUAGAAGAGUACGACGAUAUUGUACGAUUGUAUGAUUUUCUACUCGCUCAUGAACCUGUUGUUGCGAUCUAUUUGUUUGCCGCCAUUAUUCUUAGCCGAAAAAAGGAACUCUUGGAGAUAUCUAUCGAUGAGCCAGAUAUGCUACACUUUACAUUGUCCAAGCUUCCCAGCCCAUUCGACUUGGAAGGCUUGAUUACAUCUACCUUGCAACUUUAUGAAAAACAUCCUCCAGAAUCCCUGCCACUACGCUCUUGGCGAAAUAUUCCCCAAUACAGCGUUCUGAAAACCUCCAGAGAUGUUGGAAAAGCUAGCAGCCUUGAUCAUGCUCAAGAGCUAUUUGAGUUACAAACAAGACAGCUCCAGCGAGAAGAGUUCCGAAAGAAGGCGUAUGCAGCUCUCUGGCGUUAUCGAAAGCCGGCAGCCUCUGUGGGAUUGGCUCUAGUGAUCGGAUUAGUAUCUAUUUAUAUGCGCAGGACUGGGCUGGACUCUCCUGUUUGGGCUCUUAUUGGGAAACUCAAGAAUUCUUUCUAUAGAAGCUGGCUAUUUACGAUGUAUAGAUAGAGCGUGUUGAUUUUACUACUAAGAUAGAUCGUGUAAUGUACUAUCCGAAUGGAAAAAUUCAAUUAUCA